UGUGACAAGGACAGUUAAAGUUUGGAGCUACCAUCUCUACAAACCGUGCUGUCUGGGGGAAUCGAGACUUCCUGCUAUGGAGGCAGUAGGUAAGUAUGACUUUACAGCCACUGCUGAGGAUGAGCUGAGCUUCAGGAAGGGAGACAACAUGAAGAUCUUGGGCACCAAUGAUGACUGGUUGAUGGCUGAGCGACAUGGAAAGAAGGGAUUCAUACCACGUAACUACAUCGACAUAAACCUACCCAGUUGGUACCAGGAGAGUGCUAGUCGAGGUGAGGCCCAGGAGUCUCUCAUGGCCCAGCCUAUAGGAUCCUUUCUGAUCAGGGGCAGCCAGAGCGCCCCAGGAGAUUUCUCCAUAUCCGUUAGACACGAGGCAGACGUGCAGCACUUCAAGGUGAUGGCAGACACCAGAGGGCAGUAUUACCUCUGGUCUGAGAAGUUCAGCUCCUUCAACGAGCUGGUGAACUAUUACAUGAACAACUCUGUCUCUAAACACAGCCGCAUCUAUCUGCUGGACACAGAUACACAGGAGAGGGGAUUCGGCCAGACCAGGACAUCAGCCCCAUCCUCUCAGCCCCAGCCUCACCAGCCCCUGCCCCGCGCACCCCAGCCUCACCUGCCCCUGCCCAGCAUACCCCAGCCUCACCUGCCCCUGCCCAGCAUACCCCAGCCUCACCAGCCCCGCGCACCCCAGCCUCACCUGCCCCUGCCCAGCAUACCCCAGCCUCACCUGCCCCUGCCCAGCAUACCCCAGCCUCACCAGCCCCGCGCACCCCAGCCUCACCAACCGCAUCCACGCUCACCAGACCCCAUACCCCCACCACAGCGUGCGGCUGUGACCACGGGGGGCAGUGGUCUGAUGCAGGUGAGAGCUCAGUAUGACUUCAAAGCCGAGGAGAAGGACGAGCUGAGCUUCAAGGCUGGUGACGUCAUCGAGGUGCUAGAGUGUUCCGACAUGUCAUGGUGGAAAGGAAGACUGAGGGGACAAACGGGAGUGUUCCCUUCCAACUACACCAACCCUGUAUGAGAGAGAAGGAAAUGGUUAGCAUUUAGAGCUAAAUAAUUAUCUGAAUUCAUUAUAGCAGACGUUCUUAUCCAGAGCAACUUAAAAGAGCAAUUAGGGUGAAGUGCCUUGCUCAAGGGCAUAUUGACAGAUUUUUCACUCAGGGAUUCGAAUCAGUGACCUUUCGGGUUACUGACCCAACAGCCUCAACCGCUAGGCUACCUGCCUCCCUAACAAUAACAAUUAUAUUUCUGAGAGAGAGAGAGAGAGAGAGAGAGAGAGAGAGAGAGAGAGAG